UUGUCCCUUCUUUAUAUGGAUUACGGUGAUCGCCACCGGGAAACCAGGAAGUCCCGUGUGUACUCAUUUUGUGAGCUAACGCGCAGACCUUGUUGCGCUGUUUUCCAACACAAUCGUUGGCUGCUUCACCUACAGAGAACAUGUCCACAAACAUGCCGGUGGGAAGCAUGAACAUGGAGUCGCAGCUUCUGUCCAUCAUGAGCGUGCUGGUGAAAGCGGCGGUGGCGGAGAUUAUUCAGCUGUUCUCGGAGAGCUCGGACUCUCUCCGGCUACAUCUGAGCCAGAGUCUGAAGGAAAACGAGAACCUAAGGGUGAGGAUGAAGGUAAUGAGGAGCGAGCUCUUCUCACUAAAGCUACAGACCAGAACCAGCCGACCGGCCAGCCGCUUCUCCUCCUUCAGGGGGAAUGUUCCAAAGCCACGGCCGAGGUCACAAGGUUUUAUGAAGACAUCAGUGUCUGCAAAAGCUCCUGGAGGAGCUUCUUCCAUCAGUGUCCAAUCAGACAACAAGACAUCCUCUUCUGUUUCUCAAGUGCAGUGUGCAGAUGUAGCAAUUCCCGAUGUCAUCCUGAUCAAAGAUGAAGACGACGUAGGAGGAUGUGAGCCUGUUGUAGGCCAAGAUAACUUUGGAGAUGACGGCGCGCCGGACGGUGCUGCUGCUGAGGCUCAGACGUUCGAUGCAGCUGCAUCCGCUUCCUCCUGCUUGACGGAUGAUAAUGAGGAGCUGAGAAUUGUGAGUGUUCACAGUGGAGGAACUGGAGCUCUUCAGAAGGAUGGUGUCACGCUCUUCUCUGCCUCUGAACUUCAGGCUUUAAGCUCCCUGUCAGAACACAGCAUCACCUCUGACAGCCAUCUGAAUUUCACCACCAGUGCCAAUGACAGAGCGCCCAUGAGAGGGAUGCGGGAGAACAGCGUGGAAGUUGUGAGAAGCAGCCAACUUGAAAGAAAUCACCCCACUCAAAUGGCUUCGGCGAUGAUAAAUCCUACGUUAAGCUUAGCUGCAGCUGGAUCAAACAGUCACGGAGGCCAUCCCAGUCACAUCAGCCAGUUCUCCCAGCAGCAGACGGCCUUCCCUUCCAUGGUCAAAUCUCAGGACUGCAGCUUCUGUGGUGAGCGCUUCCACAACCGUGAAGACCUUAUUGUGCAUCGUGCCAGCCACACUGGGGAACAUCCCAUCGCUUGUUCCUUAUGUGGCAAGUCCUUCGUCAAUAAAACCACUCUGAGCAUCCACAUGCGCAUUCACACCGGAGAGAAGCCGUACGCUUGUGCUCAGUGUGGGAAACGCUUCACGCAGAACGGCAGCCUGAAGAUCCACCUGAGGACUCAUUCUGGAGAGAAGCCGUACCAGUGCAACCAGUGUUCGGCCAGCUUCAACAACCCCAGCAACCUGCGCCGUCACAUGACCACACACAAUGCUAAUACAGCGCUCUGAUUCAGAGCUGGUGGAUGACUUUUAUAUAGAACGAGCUUUUUUACAUUUUCCUAAAUAUUUUCAGGUGAAAGCGGCAAAAAGAGUGCAUCCUAAAAAUAAAAAGUUGUAGUUCUCUUUUCUGCU